GCUUAUAAAAAAUCCUUUGAAGGUACAAAAAACUCACACACUGGAGAGUAGUAAAGUUCUGGAAGAGCCGCAACCAGCAGCUGUGGGGAGAAAGCUUCCUGUCGCCGACGUCUUCUUCUUAUUGGGAAUUGUAAUUUUAUCGUGACCAUGAGGCUCGUCCUGCUCCUUGUCGGGUACCUGCUCAGCGCAGUGGCGGCAGAAUCGAUCAGGGAAACUGAAUUGAUGGACCCAAAUGUAAUAAUCGAUGAUCUAAUUGAAUCCUCGGGGGCGGAUGAUGAAGAUAUUUACACUGACUACUAUGAUGGGGAAGACUCGGACUCAUUUGAAUCCUCUGGUUCCGGGGAAAGUGACGAUGAAGAUAUUGACGAUGACCUCGAUUCAACCAUGGACACACCCACGGCCACCCUUGGCAACGACAUUAUUGAAGAAGAUUUCCACAAGAAGAAAAUAGAUGAGAUCGAGCUGGAGAACAACGAAAUAUUAUCUCCUAACCUCCAAUCUGAGGACAAAGAGCUAUCGAAUAGUAUCCCUCUGCCCAGCACCUCUCAUAACUUCUUCAGCAGAACAGAAGUGGUCAUUGCUGUUGUUGCUGGUGCAGUGGUCGGCUUGGUGUUUGCCGUCAUCAUCGUCUUGCUGGUAAUGCAUGUUAGGAAGAACAAGAAAGGGGACAUUUCCUACGACGCAGUGAAAAAGCCCAUCUACAAGAAGGCGCCAACAAUCGAAGCAUAGGCUUCACAUGGACCCUGUUGAACAGACUUUGAAAUGCAUAGCUGAGCUGACAAAUCAAACAUUCUUGUUGUGUUAACUAAUGCAUUUCUGUGACCGAAUAUUAAAACUGCUACAGUUCACCCAGAUUUAAAUAUACUGAAAAGAAAAAAUAAGCUGUUUUCACUUUUUUUUUUUCUUAAACUUUUUUUUAUUUUUUUUCUUCUUUCCUAAGAGAAAUGAGAUUCGCCAGAUUUUUUUUUUUUUUUACCAAGAUGGGAAGGCAACAGUUUAUUUCAUAUAGAAAUUCCAAGUGCUCUUGCCUACGGAGGCCAUUUUGUGAAAUUUAAAAAUGGUUGCUUUUUUUUAAGGAGUUGAAUACACUAAUUUUAAAGAGUGGACAUUUCACUUUUUGUGGUAAUUUUUUGUCGUAAACGCUACUAUGCAUAUAUGCUGUAAUUUAAUGAUCUCUGCUUUAGAGAAUAUUUUCUACAAGUCUUCCAGGAUCUAGAUGUCACCAUUGUCAUGAUCCAUAAGUCAUGGGGAUGAUCACCGGUUGCUUCUCCUUGACCCAUCGGCUUUGUUUGGGUGAAGGGAGGGAGAAGCCACCGGGGAUCAGCCUGAUGACUCGUGGAUAUGGCAGCAUGAAAGUCAUGACAAGUUCCCUUGAAAGUUUUUAUGUAUGUUUAUCUAUAGAUUUAGGCUACUUCUGGUGUAUAUACUGUAAGUAGGACGUUACGAUCUGUUUGGUCUUUAGCUAGGACCCUAAAAGGACUGUUGUCUUCUGUCUGGGAACGGCCAUUAAAUAUAGGGGGUGGUAAUAGAGUUCUAUAUGGACACAUUCUAACUAUACCUUACCCAAUCUUUCUUCCAAAAAAAACUACAAUAACCUGCCAUAUUUCUAUGAUCUUUCUAAAUAAGAGGUACAGCAGAUCGUUAGCGGGUGCCAAGUCUGCUUCUCUACCGAGUGAAUGUCCUUGGAGCAUGUGUGCGUGUAUGCGGCUGUGAGUGGUAUGGAAGUGCAUUGAACUGUUAUUUGCCUUUAUAUGGGAAGAUGUUGAAUUGUAGUUAUAGAAAUCUUUGAAAUGUUUCAAGAAUUUUUUUUUUCCGAAAGAGAAUAAAAAAAUUUUUUAAAAUUCUGAUGCAUUUAAAUGUAUUUUAUAGUAAAUGUUAGAUUUGAAUAGCAUUUGUAAUAUUGAUCGUCUGUAGAAUUUUGUCUCCUUUUUUUAAUAAAUGUGUUUAUUAUUAUUUUUUUCUUUAAUUUAAAUUCCCUUUUUAAUGUUUUCAUAUUAACGUCUGUGUACAUAUGUAUUAUAUAUAUUUGUAUUUACCAAGGGCAUUUUAAAGUGAACCUGAUACCGAUUUUAUAUUGGUCGUUAUCGGAAAACUUAUAGCAGUAUCUUUUCUAAUACCCUUGGUAGGAAUAAUAAAAUCCCUUUUGGGCCGAUUGAUUGAUUGAUUGACUGUUCUCUUAGCCCCCACAGUAAUUACUAAAAAUUUAGAUUUGGAUUUAGCUAUUUUUCAUGUUUAUCGGGGUCCUUGGUGGCUUCUCCCUGUCUUGAGUUGAUAGACUUCUCCCUGUUUGGGUAUAAGGAGAUAACAAUCAAUGCUGGUAGGACAGGGAGAAGCCACCAGGUACCAUCCCAAUGGUUCCCUUUUAAAGAGUUCAUUCCAAGCACCUCGCCACUGUACCAAACACUACAUGUGGUUCGUCAAUAUUGGGUGACAGGUUCACUUUAAAAAAAAAUAAGUAAAAAGGAAAAAAAAACUAUAGGGCAGUCACUAAAUUAUGUUUCCAUUGGGUUCUAAAAUGUAUGAUGGGUUCAUUGUAUACUGACUGCUCUGUAUUUCUUUCAGUUUGGACCAUACAUAACGAUCCUUUUAUUUUUUUUAUUUUUAUUUUUUUUUGUGUUUUUGUACCUGUACAAUAUUUCAAUGUAGCAACUAUUAAAAUAUAUUUAUAUUUCACAACCUUUUUAUGGCAAAUUUGGGUAAAUUUA